AUGCCUCAACCUCAAAAUGCUUCAAAUUGGGACGACGAGAGCUUCUAUCGCUAUACUGGCGGGCGCUGGCUGUAUAAUGAAGACAAACAGAUGGCAGAUCGGUCCGUCAGAUUCAACAUGACAGAACUGGUUCGAGCCGCUGCUAUAUCCCAAGGCUGCGAUAUAUCUGCUUGCAUCAAAGUGGAAAAACUACCUGAAGGAGACUACAACAAGGUCUCUCUAAUCAGCCUGCAUGGUGGACACCAAGUGGUUGCGAAAGUGCCUAACAAAAAUGCUGGAUUACCUUUCUAUACUACAGCUAGCGAGGUUGCCACCAUGAACUUCGGAAGAAACGUUGCUGGGCUUCCAAUACCAAAGGUGUACGCCUGGAAUCCACAUACAUCUGGUAACGAUGUCGGUGCAGAUUACCAAGAUAUUGUUGUUGGACCCAGCACAGAAAGAAAGUUUGUACAUGAUGGGAAAAGGGCUGUGAAUAUAGAAAAAGGCCCUUGGAAUUCUGCGUUAGGAUAUAUUCUGGCCUCCUCCACACGGGAAAGAGAAUGUAUUGUUCGAGGACUUAGGUUUCCGCGGCCGGAGGGAAUAUUUGGUGGCCCCGGAGGCUAUAAGCCUACAGCAAAGAGCAAACUCGAUGUGCUAGAUGACUUUGAGAAGGUUGCAGCAUAUCUUCUUCCCAAAGACGCAUCUGUACAUAUUCCAGUUUUGUGGCACGGUGAUCUCCAUGACAAUAAUAUCUUUGUCGACCCGGAUGAUCCAUCGAAAGUCCUCACCAUCAUCGAUUGGCAAACUACUCAUAUCGCACCACUCUUCCAACAGGCUCGGACUCCAGGAUUUCUCGACUUCAUCGGCCCUCAUCCGUCCCUUGGCCUUAUACCCAUGCCUCCGCUACCAGACAAUUUCGAUUCCUUGAGUGCAGCCGAGAAGGAAGAAGCCGAGAAGUUGCAUUCAAAGCAAUCGCUGUUUAAGAUCUACGAAAUACAGUCUGGCCGCAACAACAUGCCUGUCUUUAAGGCACUGCAGCAUUCACAGACUCUGGGCAUCCAAAUCAUUUCACUCAUCUUCCAAGUGUUCAACGAUGGAGAACCUAUCAUAAAAGGGCAACUAAUAAAACUCGCACUUGACUGGGAAAAAGUUGUGGGCCCAAACGGUCCCCCCUGCCCGCUUCAAUUCACCGAAGCUGAUAUUGCAGCGCAAAGGGUGGAUCAGCAAAGGUGGGAAGAAGGAGUACAAAUGAAAGGGGAUGUAUUGGAGGCUCUUGGAGGUGCAGCACAUGGCUGGGCGGGCUGGUCCAGCCAUGAGGAUUACGAUGUGCUCACGAAGAAACUUGAAAUAGUCAAGGAGCAAUUUCUAGAAUACAUGGCUAACAAUGAAGCUGAGAAGACAGCGUGGGAAAAUGUAUGGCCAUAUAGGGAUGAUUAA